AUGAAUUGUUUCAGGCCAACUUCAAAGCGUAGAUUUAAAUACUUAAUUCAUUCUUCCAGAGAUCAAGUGAACGACCAAGUAAAGCAGGCUCACGAAAACAACACGACUAAAUGCCAUUUCUGUGGCGAAAAUUUUCGCUCUAAACGGAGUGUCACCUCGCAUAUCAUCCAAACUCACACGAAAGCGGUGAAUGGAUAUAAAGCUCAACCUACAGUUGCAAGGGCUCGACCUGAUCCAGACGCGAAGCAACUAAAACCGUACCGCGCAAUCCCAGCGUCUUGCGAGAUUUGCAAGCAAGUCUUCCCCUCGAAAACAGGCAUGCGGAAGCACAUGUCGGAAAAACACAAUUUGCGCGCCGAGAUCUGCAAGUGCCGGCUGUGCGACAAAAGCUACAUCGGCCGUUGUGGACUGAACCACCACAUGAGGACAAAACACUCGAACGAAAAGCCCUACAUGUGCUCCUUCUGCGGAAAGUCGUUUCAAACUGGCAACCAAUUAUCGCUUCACGAGGCGAACCACGCCGAGAAAACAAUCGAGUGCGACGUGUGCGACAAAAAGUUUCCCAGCAAAAUGGCUCUGCGGUCUCACAAACAAAGUGUGCACGGCCCGUUUAAAUACAUCCAGUGCGAAAUUUGCGGCAAGACUUACAAAACGAUCGACAUCGCGUCGCACAAAAGAGCCGUGCACAUAGACGAUUCGAAAAAAUACGUGCACGAGUGCGUGAUUUGCGGCAAAAAAUAUGCGGGGGUCGGCGGUCUGAAAUUCCACUUGCUCAGACACGAAAACGCGCUGAGAUUCGAGUGCGAUAUAUGCAGCAAACGCUACAAUACUAAAAACUCGAUCCAGUCGCACAUUUUGAUCCACCUGGACGACCGCAAACACAAGUGCAAUCUGUGCGACAAGGCAUUCGUAAUGAAUCACAUGUUGAAAUCACACAUGCUCACUCACACCCAAGAAAAAAGAUUUGCUUGCGAAGUCUGCGGCCAAAGGUUCAGGUGGAAGCACGACCGAGACAAGCACCAGAACCGGAAACAUUCCAUUCCAAUCCCUAAGUCAAAUAGGCAGCUAAAUUAAAACUAAGUUUAAAUACAGAACUAAAAAAAACUCCCUCGUUAAGCUUUUACUUAGUGAUAUUUUUA